CGCCCACUACGGGAAGCGGCCGGGCUCCUCCGCUUCCGGCGCUGCCUUGACUUUUGUCUCCCGUUCCUUCCAGUCCCAUAUCAGAUCUAGCACUUCAUCCACUAGCACUGCCAUACUGCUCUCCAGUAUUAAUGGGAAACAACAAAGCCUCUGGCCAUUUGCCAGCUUGUGUCAUUAGGAAAGGACUAAGGCCCACAGGAUUUCUGUUGCCACUCAUCUCUCCAGCCCUGCUCCCCGACCCGUUUGAGGAAUAGAAAUCCUCAGUACAUAAUAAAGAAUGACAGCUCUUAUGAGGAAAUUCAUACAUCAGACUGUGAAAACUAGAAUUAAUUGCAGUGAUAGAUAUUUUAGUCCACAGAUUGUGCAAAAGAGAGCACUAACACAGUUUGGAGUUAUCACUGUUGCCAAAAGAUUACCACUGCCUACAUAUGCUAACGCAUUUAGUACAGUUGGAAACACAGAAGAUGAAACGAACAAGAAAAAAACCUCAAAAUCAGCUUUUGGCAAUGUUGGGAGAAAAAUUCAUCACCGAGUUCUUCAACUACUUGAUAGUAAUGGGAACAAUUUGGGAAUGAUGCACCGAAUGAACGUGAUUCGUCUAAUGGAGGAACAAAACCUGAGACUUGUUUUACGGAACGCCAAUGCAGACCCUCCAGUGUACCAGUUAAUGUCAGGAAGGCAGAUUCAUGAAGAACAGCUUCGACUUAGAGAGAAAGAAAAGACUCAAGCAAAAACAGGACCUCCCCAGUUAAAGGAAUCAAUCUUUUCUUCAAAUAUUGCACAACAUGAUUUGGACAUCAAAAUUAAACAGAUUCAGCAGUGGAUUCAGAAAAAAUAUCAAGUCCAAAUUACAGUAAAGAAAGGGAAAACUACAGACCCAGCAGAUAAUAUGGAGGAGCUUUUCAACAAAAUUCUGAAGACUAUGCCUGAACUAGCUACCUUCACAUCCAAGCCCCAAAUCAUAAGAGGUGGAAAAGCUGCAACCUGUGUUUUUCGCCACUUGAGCAAUAAGGAAAUGGCUACAUAUAGGAAAAGUACAGAGACUCAAAAAAGUAGAGACACUCUGAAUAAGGAAAAUAGUUAUGAUACGGAAUCAGAUAUUCUGCAGCAGUGAUAUUUUAAUAAAGAAAAACUUUCAAAGGAUCGUGUAUAACGGCAUGUCUUGUAAGACUUUGCUGCAAUGAAGGAAGGAGAAAGGUCAAACCAGAUAUUCUUUAUGUACAAAUUCUAAACCUAUUAAAAAUGUCAUGAGUUAAAAAUCUCAAAAAAUCUGCUAGUUGUACUAUCAUUAAAGACUUGUCUCCUCUGCCACUCACCAAACACUCUCUCUUACUGGAAAUACUCAUCUUCUCAGGUAGCAGAGGGUCAGUUUCCUGUAGCUAUCAAUUUCAUCUCUCUUCUUCAUAUAAGCUUACUGCCUCCUCCCAAUAUUAGUUGUUUCCAUGAAAAACAAAACUGUAAAACUAAUGAGCCCACACUCUUGGCCCAGUCUAAGAAGGCCAGUCUUAAACAAGAAAUGAAUGACCACAUCUGCUUAUCCCAUGUAAACUUCACCUUACUCCAUGUGCUCUGUAAUGCCAGUUUUUUCUAUCUCCAUAUAUCAAGAAAUGUCCACAAAAAGUAACCCAAAGUCAAAAUGAACAUACAAAUAACAGUAUCUAUCCUUCAUGGUAAAAGUAAUUUUACCUUGUGGUCAUCAUUUAAGUUGUUCUUCCGGUUCUACUCCACUUUGCAUCAGUUCAUACAAGGUUUUACUAAAAGAAUUGCUUAGACAGGUGUAUUGGCUUUAUGUUUAGUAGCUGGCCACAGGGCAAAA